UUUUUAGUCUAUCUAUCUGUUCUAUCCAACUUUUCUUAUCUGCCAAGUCGCCCGACUCCACCAAUCAGAGGACAAUAUCUUGCUGUUGUGAUCACCCACGAUGACUAGUCGAUCGCUAGCGUUCAUACAGCAACAGCAUGACUCAACAGUAGUGUAGAUGCGUUGUUUGUUAUUUUCUAAUCCGGACCAUCCGAGAAUAGUGCACUCGUUUAAAAAUGAUUAUUUAGUCUCGUUCGCCCCUUCCACUUGUUAGGGCUCCUUUGCUAUAUUUAAUAAGAAUGGAUGCAUAGACUUGCUCAUAGUACUUCGUAACACAGGUCCGCUCGAGUUCGAUUAGUUCGAUUGGCCUGUUAGGGUGCACACGCUAUACCACGGUCACUGAGUAGGGGGGUGUUCUUGAAGGUUUUAAUGUGUGCCUGUGACAAAUAAAGAGAGAUUGAUAUCUUUAAUGUCACAACUUGACAAUAACGCUCGCGUGUGUUCAUAAAAUUGCAAGGUGUUUUAUUAUCAGAUUAAUUACAGCAUGUCGGCGGAGAGCUCAAGCGCUUCCGGAAACCUCUCGAAAGAGACUCCCGCUAACGGGACACAUCGAGAUUGUAGGAGCAGACAACGUUAUGACUACAACGACCAAUUGGAUCGAGGGUGUAACUCCGCACUCCAAUUGAGGCACGGUAAUUUCUCGACGUCAGCCCGCCACCGAGAAGCAAGUCAAAAUGAUGACCGACUAUGUGACCAAGGACGGAGCAGUCACCUAAAUAAAAAUUGGCGAGAGAACAGAGCAGGUACUACUAAAUUUGCCGCAGAUUUUAUAAGAGGUCCUAGUGUCGGCGGCAGCGGUAGCAGCAAUCGGCGUCUAUUGACAAAACCUCGCGAUCGGCUAUUUGAGGAUUACGUUAGGGAGCCAAACCAGCCGUCGUCACAGAAGGAAAAGCAACAACUGCCGUGCUCGCAAAAAGGACAACAACAGAACCAGCAACAACAACAACAACCACCACGUAGAGAUAAACGAAUGCAAAAGGACGAAAGUAACGAUGAGGAAAAUGCAACAACCAGUCGAGGUCAUGUCAGAGACAGGCGAAGUGGAAGCUGUGCUGUACUUAGAGAAGCUGAUGGCGCAAAUGGAAAUACUAGUUUCCAACAUGGUUUCCAGCAGAGCGCACAUUCGGAUGUUGACUUAAUCCAGCCGGUGUUAAGGUUAAAUGUUCACGCGCAAGAAUUUACCCCAGCGAUGCGUGCGCCAUCAGCACAAGGUGCUUGCGCGGCGACCCAGAAUGACACCGGCGUUACAAAACGUACAGAGGCGAAUGGAGAUUUGGUCACAUCAAAUAGCAGGUUGGACGGCUUCAGUCAAAAUGAUGGUCGCGGGGACACGUCUGCUUCUGUGCCCCGGACGAUUAUGCUGGCCAUGUCACAAGUCAGACGUGAUCCGCCCCGAUCAGUUGCAAGGAAACAACCAAUAGAAGAGAGUAAAGCGCAAAAGGAGUCAAUGGAGGAACAACUCCUAAAAGACAUUUACGACUGUGUCAUCUGUUGUAGCCGAAUACGCGCAACACAGUCGAUAUGGAACUGCCAGGCUUGUUUUCAUAUUUUUCAUCUACGUUGCAUAGCUGAAUGGGCCGAAACAUCGCUGUCAGACGAUAACAAAACCUGGCGGUGUCCGGCGUGUCAGGGCGAGAACAGCAAAGUGCCAAGGAACUACUGGUGUUUCUGUCGCAAACAGAAGAAUCCCCAACCAUCAAAGAUGUCACUGCCCCAUAGUUGUACUGAACUAUGUCAGAAGUCACGAUCCUGUCCGCACAAAUGCAAUAAACUUUGCCACCCGGGCCGAUGUCCUCCGUGCGAAGCUAGCGUAUCGAAGCCUUGUCAAUGUGGGAAAACUAGCAAAUACGUGAAGUGCAGCAGCAAAAUUGCGCUUAUUUGCGGGCAAGUCUGCGGAAUGGUUUUAUCAUGCGCUAAGCACGAAUGUCAAACAGUAUGCCACCCCGGGGAUUGCGAAUCGUGUAAAGAGCUCAAGGAUAUUAGUUGUUUCUGUGGGAAGAACACGAAGCAAGUGUUAUGCGCUGAGCCCAAUGAUUACAGCUGCGAUCAAAUCUGUAAACAAAUGUUGUCCUGUGGUAAUCAUCACUGUGAGAAGACAUGUCAUCGUAACGGUGAAUGCGGUGAAUGUCAGUUAUCUUUGUUGAAGUCAUGCCCUUGUGGUCGAAGCUCUAUACCUAAUGGUUGGGAUUGUUCGAAGCCAGUGCCCUUGUGCGAUGCCAAAUGUGGACGUAAAUUUCAAGAUUGCGAACAUCUUUGCGAGCAGAAAUGUCACGAGGGAGAUUGUCCCCCAUGCCCUGCUCUUGUGAAAGGGAGGCGAUGUCGAUGUGGCGCGGUUGUAGAAGAGGCUGAGUGUGGCGAGAAAGUGCUUGUUUGUCGAAGGCGUUGCAAUAAGAAAAAAACCUGUGGACGGCAUAAAUGCCUCGAUGAGUGUUGUGACAAGGAGUUCCACAUCUGCGAUCUUGUCUGCGGAAAAAAACUCUCUUGCGGUAUCCAUUCAUGUUUUACUCUUUGUCACAAAGGAAUAUGUCGUAAAUGCCAACACGUCAGCUUCGACGAGCUACGUUGUCACUGCGGACAUUCGGUGGUGUACCCGCCAGUGCCUUGCAACACUCCGGUUCCGGAAUGCAAACAGCUGUGCGCACGCGAGCAUCGGUGCCGGCAUCCGGUGACUCAUCCGUGCCAUUCAGAGCCGGUAUGUCCUCCAUGCACCUCACUAACAGAGAAGAAAUGCCAUGGUGGGCACGAACUUCGAAGAAAUAUACCUUGCCAUCUUGAUAACGUUUCAUGUGGACGCCCUUGUGGACGGCCUCUGUCAUGUGGUAGACAUUCGUGUGACAAAACGUGCCACGCAGGUGAAUGCCCGACCUCAUGCGAACAACCCUGCAAGGUGCCUCGAAAAUGUGGACACCCUUGUAAACUGCCAUGUCACGACGAAUGCCCGACGAGCACAUGUUUCACACAGGUUGAAGUGUCAUGUACAUGUGGACGGUUAGUAGAACCGCGCACCUGCCAUGAGUUCCAACAAGCAGUCAGCAGUAUAGUGCAACAAAAAGUUCGCCGAGGUGAGGAAGUCAACCUCGCUAAAGACCUCAGCCAGCUUUCUAAGGGUAUCCUGAAGUGUGUAGAAAGAUGUGCAGUAGAGGAGCGAAAUCGGCGUUUUGCGGAAGCUCUUAAAAUUAAUCCAGAUGCGCCCGUAUUCACCUUAUCGCUUUACUCAGAUUUUGUUAAGGAAGAAGCAAGGAAAAACUGGCACUUUGCGUCAAAAGUUGUCAACAAACUUAACGAUCUUGUGGAACUUGCAAAAAAUUCUGUACAAGCAAGUCGAUCUUACGGAUUUGAACCGAUGCCUCGUGAGCAACGCCGCUUUAUAUAUGAGCUCCUCGAAGUGUAUCGCUGCACUGGACAAAGCUAUGACCAGGAACCGAAAAGAAAUAUCGUGGUAACAGCUUACAAGGAUAAAUCUGUUAUUCCGUCAAUGAGCCUGGCAAGUGCGAUUGGAAUUGUCAACCCCAUCCCUUUGUGGAAGAUGUAAUGUGAUGGCCGAUGAUUCACCACUACCACAACUACGGUCACAGUCUGUCGUAAGCCGAUAAUAAUAAUCUUUACGCUAAUCAUAAUCUUAAGACGAAAAAUAUAGAUGUAUAGCACACAAAGAUGAUUAAAGUGUUUCACAGCAAUUAGUAGAAGAGCACGGCAUAUGGACGCGCAUAUGUCCAUGUCAAUUCACAGUAAUUAUGCUGUUAUUCCUUACUAAUAAUAAAAUGAAAAAAGAUGUAAUUUGGUAAUAUUGACUGGCAUGUUUAAUCGAUAAUAGUUAGUCCUCAAAUGGCGAAAACGAGAUGAAUCCUUGUAAGUGUCACCAGUUACUGGACGAUCCAAGUAUUGGCUUUAAGCACCGGACAAUGAACACGAAAAUCUUUUCUAUUUUAAUGAUAUAUAGGCAUUCCUGCUAUUUUUUGCAGCUACGGAAAAAGGUGUUAGCUAAAUUGAACGUACUGUUAAUAUUUUAGGUUGUUCGAGAAGUAAUGGCGGUUUUAUGUCUCACUUUGUUUUUUUCGCUCUUUGUUGAUACUCAAGUAUGGUGUACGGCUCUUUACUUGCUAAAAACCGUUGUCGGAUUAUAAAAAUUUACCGUGAAUAUAGACUCCGAAGUAAGAUCGGUUUAACGAUAUUUAACAUUUGACCAGUAAAAAACAGACAAUUAAAAAAAGCGAAGCGAUAGAAAAAAUUAUCAUAAUUUUCAGAACAGCCUAACACAUUAUAUUAUAAACUGUUUGAAGAGACAUUCACGUCAUGUAAACAAAGACCCGGUGCUCUCUACCUGACAACAAAGUCGUCAGCUCUUUGUUAAUGCAUUUCUGCAUGAUGCUAUUUCGUAUCAGGUUCUUCCAUUUCUUAUCUUCCAAAUAAAUUCGCAAUGUUUUAGAGACACUUCCCUUGCUUUUUUAUUAUUAAUUGACUUUAAAAUUUCUAGCUGUUAUUAUAAAAGCUUUUCUUCAUGAAUAACUUUUGUAGGCGAAUGAACUACAAGUGAGUGACCUGGCUAUCGAAAGAUUGUGACACUCGGUUAAUUGCUGUUGAAGCAGACGUUUCGUCACAGUAUCGCUUGUGUUCAGUGUCAAAAUCCCUAUUAUGCCGGUGAAAAAUAUCCUUACUAGUAGAUUUCGUCAUGUGGCCUCUUCUUGACACAUUCCUAUUCAUGUCGAAAAUCAUGCAUACAACAGAGAACCUUGCCGAUUCGCUAAUUUUUUACGUCCUAAUCCAUUCAAAGUUAAAUGUAACAACGCAUGUUCUACGGCAUACACAGAUUAUUUUUUGCUGGGGCUGGACGUCCUUCAAAGCUGCUACCUUCUUCGUAGGCUCUGAAAUCAAGAGUCUCUUUCAAUGUUUGAAUUCCAGACAAAUACAAGUAAAACUACAUCUCAGAAAGUUGCCCCGUAGGCUACUAAUGGCAGUACACAGCCCGCAAACCUAUCCUUUCCAAGACGCUAUUCCUACCCUUCAAUUAAAUGAUAGAUUUGCUAAAAAUUAUUUUUCGUAUGAUGUCGACAAUUUUUAAUGCGAACUCCAUAUUUCUUCCGCGAGUCCAGUUUUACAUGUAGUCAAUUUGCUUGUAGAAAAACUGAGUCGCUGCAUCGCAUGCUACAUGCAUCCCGCACUAUAAUCCUUAUAUAAGUCUCUAGUAGAAAUUUUUGCAGCCUAACAUUGGUCCUUUUCAGUAGCUUCUCAGUUCUCUGCGGAAUUCCCGGAAACGGUCGUCGUUUUGUCUUAAAAUGUAGCGAAUGUGACGCAUUCUGCGAAGUUCCAGGAAUCCUGUGAUCAUUUUUAGUAAAAGCUAUACUAACAAAUCAUAUGCAAACGAAUUCGUCGAGAAAAAUGCCGGAUAAAAAGGAGCCGCGGAAGAUUAUUUUCUGUACAUUAUGUGUACUUUAAAACAUAGGUAAAAAGAGUUUCAUCUUCUUAUGCUUAUAGUGCAGCACACACACCGCAGUGAGGCUCAAAGCAGUACUUGAAUGGCUUAUCCUUUUACACGCGAUUCGACAAAAUCCGUAACAUCACUCUUUUACAAAUAAAUGCGCUUACUCAACUAAAAAGGGAAACAGCCGUACGUUUACAAUUUUUUUAAUUGCUUAGAGGGAUUGGAGAACAACCGAUUAAGCAUAUAGAGAUACGCAAUAGAAACUAUCAUUCAGCACUUUUGCCCAAUAUCGACUGUUAGCGUCAAUGUAACUUGUUUACUGUUCCUUUAUUCUAUUCUGCCUUUUUUUGUUGCCAUCCCGCUCCAUCCUGGGCGUAUUUGGCUCUAGUACUAACCUGCAUUUUUUGCUUGUUCAACUCUACCCACUGUUGGAUCUUGUUGCUGUCUUGUAUGGGUAUCUAAAUUUCUUUUGAUUUACUGCUGUUAUCUUACAUAUGUGAGGCUAAGCGAUGCUUUAAAAAACUUCUCUAAACUUCAGUAAAAACCUGAAGACUAAAAUAGUUAAAUGGAGCCUUUGCCCUCAAAUCCUUUUUCAUGUUUUGCAAAUAGGUAGGUUUCCUUACAAGUUCUUUAUUUUAUAUUCGCCUGGACAAGAGUUUUUUUUUCUUAUCAUGAUACCACUCCCUUAAAUUGCUCAUGCCACCAUCAUCACCAUGUGUUUUUGUUUUUUCUACAACGAUUUUCAGUAUCGUGCUCGACAAUUCAUUUAUUGUUGCUAGUGGUUUUCGUACAACACUCUUUAUUAAGAGUCUAUAUAUUUAUUUACCAACGCAGCGAUCUCUUAUAAACUUUUUGUAGACAAUAAUUUUAAUCCAAUUGAACGACCUAUUAGACAUUUAAUAUUUCAUUCCUGUUUUACGUUUUAUUUAUCAUCCUUGGCCUAUAUAUAUAUAUAUAUAUAUAUAUAGCCCAUUUUCAUGUGAAGUACAGCCAUUCCUCGGCAAGGUAUUAUAUAUCUUGCUACACCUGACCAUUAUUAUCGUUUAUAUCCUCCAAUAUCUACAAACCGUUUAUCGACGUUAGCAAACGACCUAUUUGCCAUUUCUACCGUACCAUCGUUCACACCGCGUCAUUAUUAUUAUUAUAUUAUUGUUAUUAUUAAUAAUAAUUCUUAUCUCGCAUCUGUAUUCAGCACUACGUAGAUAGCUCACGUACUGCUACCUAUAAUUAUUCAUUAAUAAAAUGACAUCAGUCAAUAAGAACAUUGUCAUAGGUAUCACCUCGCAGACCAAAUCAAUCACCUUCAAAGCCAUCGUCUCCUUACCUCUUUCGCGAUUGAAUCCUUACCGUGUCAUGCGUGCUGCAGAAGUAUUAUCACAUUGGAGAGUAAUCUUACGACAGUCAUAAUAAGCAGCAAUGAUAAUUAUGAUGCUCAAAUUAAUAGCAGUGUGCAGAUCUAUCCGAGGGAAAAGUGGAUUUAUGUUUCAUAUACUUUUCAUUUCUCUUCUGUACAUUAUUGUGUGUAUUGUUGAAAUGCCCAAAUAUACUAUAAAAGAUGCGCUAUUAGAAGUUAUGGGAACAAACGAAAUCACAUUUUUUACACGUUUUGUUAAUUUGAAACACUCAAAGGAGGACGCGACUACCAAGCUAUAAAUGAUCGGAACUUUAUCAGGGAGGGCUUUAGCGGAGAACUUCUAGAGACUCUACGAAGACUCUGUCAAGGAGACAGAAAACGUGUCAGGGCGUAGAGCCGCCGAGCAGCUGCUUAUAGAACGACUAUAUACUAUUUAUGUAUUUCUUAGGCGCUUCUUUACGAAAAACCUUCCUGUGCUUGUUUUGCGUUCAUUUUUAUCUACUCUCAAGUGUGUGUGUAUGUGAGUGUCAUGUAUUUGUAGGUGCUGCUGUUGCAUUAUAUCAUACUGAUGAUCUAGUGUAAUUACGGUUCAUUCACCAAACAUUAUGAGACUAUCUCUACCACGAUCUAUAUUAAUGAUGAUGGUAAUUGAUUAAUGAUUAUCAAUAGACUCGGAAGUUAAAAAUGGUUUUGGAGCCAUAGCAUCACACUAGCCCGUGAAAACAAGAACAGGAGGCGUAUGGGGCACAAUUUCGAUCGGUGAUUUCAACCCCCGCCACAAAAUAUCUGUCUUCGUUGCGCUAAAUAUAUCGACGAAACAGUUAGCCGUGACCGCCAAACACUACCUGCGGAGUGGUGAUGGGAGAGAAAGAUAGAUUGUUCUGUUCUAGCGUACCACGCUAUUCGCAGUACAAUCGACAUCACUACCAUGAUCAUCACCAACAUAAUCACCACCACUAUUAUUGUCAAAAAUCUUUGCUCUGGCUACUAUCGUUUUUGCGAGCAUUCUUCUGCCUGUGGUCAUAUGGUUUCCUUUAUGAAUGAUAUCAGAUUCGGCUGGUUCCCGUUUUCCCACUCUUCUCCUUAAGAACUUUCUGAGGCAGAAAAGGCAGAUGUUUGUGGUUAGUCUUGUUUGGACCAGGCUGGCUC